UCAUCCUAAUCUCCCUCUCCUAGCUACUCCAGCCUUUUUAUUCCCCCUCUAAUCCACUCUCCCAUCUCCUCUCCCCUUCUCUUUCCGCAGCCAGCGCCCGGGAGCCUCGAUUAAGCAUCAAAUCAAUGGCCUCCGCCGCCAGCUUCCUGGCCACUCUGGCCAGCUCCGCCGCCACAGCCAGCCUGAACGCCACGCCGGUGAUCAGCGCCGGCCCUGGCAGCAGCAUCAUCAAGGCCAGGUUCCUUCCAUCGACCUCGCGGAGGCGCCGCGCGGCGCUCAGGGCGGCUGCGGUGUCCGGCACGGAGAAGGCGAAUCCGGCGCCAUCUUCUUCCCCGGGCAACAACAACAAGGGCGGCAGGGACGAGCGCGUGGUCCAGGUCCACAGCGCGGAGGAGUUCGACGCCGCGCUGCAGGCGGCGAAGAACCGGCUGGUGGUGGUGGAGUUCGCGGCGAGCCACAGCGUGAACAGCAGCCGGAUCUACCCGUGCAUGGUGGACCUGAGCCGCACCUGCGGCGACGUGGACUUCCUCCUGGUGAUGGGGGACGAGUCGGACGCCACGCGCGCGCUGUGCGCCCGGGAAGGGAUCACCCAGGUUCCCCACUUCUCCUUCUACAAGGGCGCCGAGAAGGUGCACGAGGAGGAAGGCAUCGGGCCCGACCAGCUGGCCGGCGACGUGCUCUACUACGGCGACAACCACGCGGGCGUCGUGCAGCUGCACUCCAGGGCCGACGUGGAGGCGCUCAUGGCGGAGAACGCCGGGGAAGGGGGCAAGCUGCUGGUGCUUGACGUCGGGCUCAAGCACUGCGGGCCCUGCGUCAAGGUCUAUCCCACCGUGGUGAAGCUCUCCCGCUCCAUGGCCGACACCACCGUGUUUGCGCGGAUGAACGGCGACGAGAACGACGCCUGCAUGGAGUUCCUCAAGGACAUGGAGGUCGUCGAGGUGCCCACUUUCCUCUUCAUCAGGGAUAGCAAGAUCGUCGGCCGGUACGUCGGCUCUGGUAGAGGGGAGCUCAUCGGUGAGAUCCUCAGAUACCAGGGCGUCAGGGUCACCUACUGAUGAACAAACCCGGCCAACGAGUUGUAAUUCUUACGAUACUUGUGAAUUUGGGCAAAGGAAAGGAGUGCAUGCACAUAGAAAUUAUUCAUCUUACUGCGGCAUCCAUCGAUGCUAUAGAUAAAUUUAGACUGUUUACUGGACAUUUACUGUUAUAUAGUAAUGGAAUUUUUGUGUAAAAUUGUGAGUUUGCAAACUUUUACAAUGAUCGAUAUAAUCGAGCCUUGCCUUCCUACA